AUGAACGGCGACAUGGAGAAGAAGAGAGACAUCAAGAACCACCUACUCUUCGAAGUUGCAACAGAGGUUGCGAAUCGAGUGGGUGGUAUCUAUUCCGUGCUCAAGUCCAAAGCUCCUGUCACAACCGCCGAAUAUGGCGACCGAUAUACACUCAUUGGUCCCCUGAACAAGAACUCGGCCGCCGUCGAAGUCGAGACCCUCGAAGCCCCAGCCGGCCCUCUUCGGCAGACCAUCGAAUCGAUGCAAGAACGUGGUAUCGAGCUCAUGUAUGGCCGGUGGCUGAUCGAAGGUGCACCGCGGGUCCUCCUCAUCAACACCGGAACAGGGUACCGAUGGUUGGAUGAGUGGAAGGGUGACCUAUGGUCCGCGGCUGGCAUCCCUUCGCCUGCCUCAGAUAAUGAAACAAACGAAGCUAUUGUGUUCGGCUAUUUGGUGGCCUGGUUCUUGGGCGAGUUCAUCUCACGCGAAACGGAUCGCGCAGUCAUCGCUCACUUCCACGAAUGGCUUGCUGGAGUCGCCCUACCUUUGACCAAAAAGCGCCAGAUGGACCUCACGACCAUCUUUACGACUCAUGCCACCCUUCUCGGACGAUACCUCUGCGCCGGCUCGGUCGACUUCUACAACAAUUUGCAAUACUUUGACGUCGAUGCCGAGGCGGGCAAACGUGGAAUUUACCACAGAUACUGCAUAGAGCGCGCAUCUGCCCAUUCCGCCGACGUUUUCACAACCGUCUCCCAUAUCACCGCAUUCGAGAGCGAGCACCUGCUGAAACGAAAACCUGACGGGGUCUUGCCCAACGGCCUGAACGUUAAGAAAUUCUCCGCAGUGCACGAGUUCCAGAACCUCCACUCGGUGCAGAAAGAGAAGAUUCAUGAGUUUGUGCGUGGACACUUCUACGGCCAGCUGGAUUUUGACCUGGAGAACACACUCUACUACUUCACGGCAGGAAGAUAUGAGUAUCGAAACAAAGGCGUGGACAUGUUCAUCGAGUCACUGGCCAGAUUGAAUUACCGCUUGCAGAAUUCGGGUACCAAGACAACCAUCGUCGCGUUCCUGAUCAUGCCCGCGCAGACCACUUCUCUCUCAGUUGAAUCACUCAAGGGCCAAGCAGUUACCAAGUCCCUUGCGGACACAGUUUCCAACAUCGAGCGAGGCAUCGGCCGCAGAUUGUUCGAAAGGGCUGUUCAUUGGAAGGAAGGCGACCCAAUGCCAGAUGACAAGGAACUCGUCACUCCUAGCGACCGGGUCAUGCUUCGACGUAGGAUAUUUGCCAUGAAGCGACAUGGCCUUCCACCCAUCGUCACACACAACAUGAUAAAUGAUUCGGAAGACCCGGUGCUCAAUCAGCUUCGUCGAGUUCAGUUGUUCAACAACACCCACGACCGAGUAAAAGUUAUCUUCCAUCCCGAAUUUUUGAACUCGGCCAAUCCCGUCCUGUCAUUGGACUACGAUGACUUCGUCAGGGGCACGCACCUCGGUGUUUUUGCCUCUUACUACGAGCCAUGGGGUUACACCCCGGCAGAGUGUACCGUCAUGGGUGUUCCCUCCAUAACCACCAACCUCUCCGGUUUUGGGUGCUACAUGGAAGAACUGAUUGAGAAUUCGUCUGAUUACGGCAUUUAUAUCGUGGACCGACGCACCAAGGGCGUCGACGAGUCCGUCAACCAGUUAACGGACUACAUGUACGAAUUUGCCAACAAGAGCCGAAGACAGCGUAUCAACCAGCGCAAUCGUACAGAACGACUUAGCGACCUUCUGGAUUGGAAACGCAUGGGGAUGGAGUAUGUCAAGGCGCGGCAACUUGCUCUUCGACGAGCUUAUCCCGGCUCGUUCACUGAUGCUGAGGACUUCGAUGACUUUAUUGGAGGUACCGAACAGAAGAUCUCCAGACCGCUCUCUGUGCCUGGAUCACCUCGAGAUCGAUCUGGGAUGAUGACGCCGGGUGAUUUCGCAUCGCUACAGGAAGGCAAGGAAGGUUUGAGCACCGAGGACUACAUUGCUUGGAGAUUACCUGAGGAAGAAGAGCCCGACGACUACCCCUUCCCGCUUACGUUGAAGAAGAAGGGGUCCGGACCCAAUUCACCCGCACCCCUGCUUGGGCCAGUCAACGGUCUAGCUUGA